UACACGUGACGUUGGAGUAUAUAAGCCCAUUUCGCGGCGAGUUCGCCCUUUGUCAUAAUGUCGGCAGGUUAUGAAGAAAGACCCAGAGAGCGGGACAAUGGGCCCGAAGGUAUGGAGCCAGAUGGUGUCAUUGAGAGUAACUGGCACGAGAUUGUGGACUCCUUUGACGAUAUGAACCUGUGCGAGGCUCUUCUCAGGGGAAUCUACGCUUAUGGUUUCGAGAAGCCUUCCGCCAUCCAGCAGAGGGCCAUCCUCCCUUGUAUCAAGGGUUAUGAUGUGAUUGCGCAGGCCCAGUCUGGUACAGGUAAAACUGCCACCUUUGCCAUUUCCAUCCUGCAGCAGCUGGACCCGGAGCUGAGGGCCACACAGGCGCUGGUUCUGGCCCCCACCCGUGAACUUGCCCAGCAGAUCCAGAAGGUGGUGAUGGCUCUCGGAGAUUAUAUGGGCGCUACCUGCCACGCAUGUAUUGGUGGCACUAACGUGCGUAACGAGGUGGCAAAGCUGCAGGCGGAGGCUCCGCAUAUCGUCGUGGGAACGCCAGGCCGCGUCUUUGACAUGCUGAGCCGCAAAUUCCUCUCUUCCAAGAACAUUAAAAUGUUUGUGCUUGAUGAGGCUGACGAGAUGCUGAGUCGAGGUUUUAAGGACCAGAUCUACGAGAUUUUCCAGAAGCUUCCCAGCAGCACACAGGUAGUGCUGCUGUCUGCUACCAUGCCUGUGGAGGUUCUGGAGGUCACCACUAAGUUCAUGCGUGAGCCGGUGCGAAUCUUGGUGAAGAAAGAUGAGCUGACCUUGGAGGGAAUUCGUCAGUUCUACAUCAACGUGGAGAAAGAGGAGUGGAAGCUGGACACUCUCUGUGACCUGUACGAGACUCUGACCAUCACCCAGGCUGUGAUUUUCAUCAAUACUCGCCGAAAGGUGGACUGGCUCACUGAGAAGAUGCACGCCAGAGACUUCACCGUCUCUGCUCUGCAUGGUGAUAUGGACCAAAAGGAUCGUGAUGUGAUCAUGAGGGAAUUCCGCUCUGGAUCCAGCAGAGUCCUCAUUACCACCGACCUGCUGGCCAGAGGUAUUGAUGUCCAGCAGGUAUCUCUGGUCAUCAACUACGACUUGCCGACCAACCGAGAGAACUACAUCCACAGGAUUGGCAGAGGAGGCCGUUUCGGCAGGAAGGGCGUGGCCAUCAACAUGGUGACGGAGGAGGACAAGCGCACGCUGCGCGACAUCGAGACCUUCUACAACACCACCGUCGAGGAAAUGCCCAUGAACGUGGCCGACCUCAUCUGAACAGCCAAUCAGAUCUCAGAAAAGUCUCCAUCCUCCCCGCCAUGCCGAGGGCUAUUCCACAAAUCAGGGCUUCUCACGCAAGCUGGGUGAUUAAAGCCUAAAACGAGGCUCGUCCGAAAGGUCCUGACAGCUUUAGCCUUUAAGUGAUAGUUUGGCCAGACUAUCUCAAACGCAGUCGAUCGGCCGAGACGGUGCCUGAAGUUUGAUUUCGUGGUUUUAGCGGCGGAGGUGCGAGGCUAACCGCUGUUCUUAUUUGAAUCUUCCAUUCCACCUUAAAUGGCGUUGCAGUUAUGUUCUGCUGCACCAUUUAAGGUGGAACGGGAAAUUUACAUAGGAGUCAAACUUCACAAACGUGUUUGAGGCAAGUGAUUUAAGGCAUGCAGUUAGCGCCAUGCUAAUCGGUGGGGUAUGAGCUUCCAUUGCUUGCUAGCUACAUUAGCCUUGUAGCUCCAGCGCUAAAACUACAGAAGCGAACUCCAAACUCCAAACACGGCUGAUGAACUACGUUUGCGCUAAUGGAGGAAACUGCAUUUGAUUUUUCACCAAACUGUCGCUUUACAUUACCCAGCUCACCCCUGAUUUGCCGAAUAGCCCACCCCUCCAUCCCCACCACACCCUACGCUCGACGUUCUUUUCCACCUUUCAUUCUUCCACCUUUUAUGCAGUCAGAUGAAACUUUAAGUAAAGGAGCGGCUCAGAUGUGCUGAUGUGUCUAGUAGCCACCAGCUGGCAUCGUUCCUUGCGUAAUGCUGCCUGGUGGCUGUGGCUUCGUUUGUUUUGACUGAGCUGUUCCUUUAAUAACUCGGCCACCCUCUUCUCAGGCUAGCAUUAGCGUUAGCGCUCUCAUCUAAUCCGACCUGCUGAUGGGAGUUGUAGUUUUUUUGUGGCGAUUGGACUACAUGUUCCAUUGCCUCUGCAAGUGCAUUUAAAGGAGUAGCUUAACCAAAUAUGCUAACGUGGCUCACAGUGAAUGGACUCUUCCGUUAGCAGGUGCUAACGCUAACUGUAGCGGUUUGUUUUCCAUUGUUAGCCACGCUAGCUUUUGGAUGGACUGUUCCUCGAACUUGAAGCGCUGUUUCGUGUUACGGAUGCACUGAAUGGUCAACAUGUAACAAUAAAUACAUUUUAAAAUAAAAUUAUUGCUGAGGUCAAAGUUUUAGCGUGUACUGUAACAAUGAGCCAAAACUGUCCGAUCAAUUUGACUGAAAUGCGAUAAUCAGUAAUCGAACGCUGCAGUAAAGACAAGCCUUCGGUGUUGAUAAUGCUGAGGUGAACACUACUGCCCUCUGGUGUUAGGAGGUCUGCUUUGGGUGCAAAAUGUGUGUUCAUACAGCAACAGAAGCUAUUUAUUAUUCUUUUAUACAUGUACGUUUUCCAUACGGGGGCGGUGGUGACUUUAAUAAAGCUCAGAACUGAAUCAUAA